AUGGCCACGAACGCCACCUUCCUCCUGCUGGCCCUUCCUAAGGACAGCUUCUCCAAUGCCCUGGCCAAGAACAUAAUGGCCACGUUGGUGUGGCUGGUGCUCAGCAUCAUCAACGGCAGCAUGGUGCACACCUUUCUGCGGCACAGCCUCUUCUACGAGAACCCCCGCUACAUCAUGUUCAUCUGCAUGGUGGUCAACGAUGCCCUGCAGCUGACCCUGGUCACCGUCCUGUACGUGGUCAGCUACAUCUUCAGGAAGAUCCACGCCUCUGUCUGCUGCCCGCUCAUCAUGACGGCCGUGCUGACCACCCGCUCCACCCCCCUCCUGCUGGCCGGCAUGGCGGUGGAGCGCUUCAUCUCCAUCUGCUUCCCCCUGCACUACGGCCAGAUGUGCACGGUUCCCCGCACCCUGGUCCUGAUCGGCGCCGUCUUCCUCCUCACGGCCGCGCCCCCGCUCACCGAUCUCCUCAUCACCGUGGUCGAGGAGCCCCCGGGGUUCUUCCAGGCCGCCGUUUUCUGCGACCACUCCUUCCUGUUCCGCCACCCGUCCAUCUACUACAAGAACUGCGUGUUCGACGGGACCUACCUGUCCUUCGUGGCCCUCACGCUGCUCUACACCUACUGCAAGAUCAUGCUGGCCGCUCGGGCCGCCUCCUCGGGCCUGGCCUCGGUCAAGAGGGCCAGGAACACCGUCCUGCUUCACGGGGUGCAGCUGCUGCUGUGCAUGCUGGCCUUCGUGGUUCCCUCCCUGCAGGCCGCCCUGAUCUCCCUCUUCCCCCAGCUGAGCCUGGACAUCCGCUACACCUUUUUCCUGCUCGUCUACGUCAUCCCUCGCUUCCUGAGCCCCGUCGUCUACGGCUUUCGGGACGAGCACUUCAGGAAAUACUGGUUCCGGUACGUGUCCGGUCGGGGUCGCAGGAUCAUCGGAGUCAGAAAUGCCCCGCCGAAUGUAAACUUCAGCUGGAGGGAGUCCAAGAAAACUUUCCCCAUGGGGACAAUAAAGGGAAACAAGCACUUCCAGACCUACCCCACCUCUCCAAAGGAAACUUAUAUGACUGCGAGGUUCUGCUCCCUCAGACAGUCGGUCAGCUCGGCUCUGACUACUGACUCCAACGGGAUGCCAAAGGGCAAAAGGAGGAACAUGAACUCUUCGGGACGCCUGGACACCUUAAAUGACGCUUUCACAAAGAACUUCAUCUCCGUCGCUUUCUGCGUCAUCAUUAACUGCAUCAAUGGGACAUUUCUCUACAUCUAUUAUAAAAGCGAGGACCUCCGGCGAGACUCCAGGUACGUGCUGUACACCCAUCUGGUGAUCAACGACAUGAUCAUGCUGACGUUUACUGUCACUCUGCAAGUCCUCACCUACAGCGUUCCCCUCAGUUUGGCCCCCUGCUGCAUCCUUCUGGUCAUCGCAGUCACAUCUAACAAGAACAGCCCUCUGACCCUGGCCGCCAUGGCGGUGGAGCGUUACGUUGCUGUGUGCCUGCCUCUGCACCACCCUGGCAUCUGCACGGUGCACCGGGCCAACGCCAUCAUCGUCCUCAUCUGGAGCCUCUCCGCCCUCCCCGCCCUGGCAGACGUGGUCAUCAUCCUGGCCACCCAGCCGGCCUCGGCCUUCUCAAAGCCGGUCGUCUGCCACCCCUCCUUUGUGUACAACACGCCGUACCACGCCAUGCAAAAUUUACUCGUCCAGGUCCUAUUGUUUUCCUUUGUGGCCCUGACUCUGCUGGUCACCUACCUGAAGGUCCUGUGCGCGGCCCAGGCCGUGUCGGCGUCCGGCCAGGCCUCGGCCAGGAACGCCCGCAACACCAUCCUGCUGCACGGGGCGCAGCUGCUCCUGUGCAUGCUGGCCUUCUUCUCCCCCUUCAUCACCCUCGUCCUGCUCAGCGCCUGGCCCGCCGCCCGCACCAACAUCCUCUUCGCCACCUUCCUGUCCACCAACGUGUUCCCGCGCCUGCUCAGCCCGCUCAUCUACGGCGUCAGGGACAGGAAGUUCAGGGGCCGACUCAGGCUGUACCUCAGCUGCGGGUCCAGUAAAUCUGUGGAGUAA